AUGGGUGCCCUCAAGUAUGUCGAAGAGCUCCAGAAGAAGAAGCAGUCCGAUGUGAUGCGCUUCCUUCUGCGUUUCAAUUCUCCUCGAUCUCGCUUCUCUCUCGAUCAACCCCCGAACCCGAAAAUUUUCGAUGCUGGAUUCCUUUCUAUUGAGGGGUCUCGAGGUCCAAAAUUUCUCGGUUUGAGGCUCCGACAGCUGAAUGUCAUCCACCGCGCCUCGCGUCCCUCGCGCCCCGACAAGGCUCGCCGCCUCGGUUACAAGGCCAAGCAGGGCUACGUUAUCUACCGUGCCCGCGUCCGCCGUGGAGGCCGCAAGAAGCCCGUCGCCAAGGGUGCCACCUUCGGCAAGCCCACCAACCAGGGUGUCAACCAGCUCAAGUACCAGCGCUCCCUCGCUUCCACCGCCGAGGAGCGUGUCGGCCGCCGCUGCGCCAACUUGCGCGUCCUCAACUCGUACUGGGUUAACCAGGACUCCACCUACAAGUACUACGAGGUCAUCCUCGUCGACCCCCAGCACAAGGCCAUCCGCCAGGACCCCCGCAUCAACUGGAUCGUCGCCCCCGUCCACAAGCACCGCGAGGCUCGCGGUCUCACCGCCACCGGCAAGAAGUCGCGCGGCCUCAACAAGGGCCACCGCUACAACAAGACCCAGGCCGGCCGCAGAAAGACCUGGAAGCGCCACAACACCCUGUCCCUGCUACCGGGCCGCUCGCGUACCACGACUGUCUUACUACGAGUACGGCCUCGGCUGCCAGGUGUGGUGUUCGCGGAGGACACGACGACGGCGGUGGAUCAUCAUCAUGGAAGGUAUUCGGGAUUUGGCCACUACUUUCACGACUUGGGAAAGCACUUGAUAUCAUGCGCUGGAGUGUUCUUCUUCCUCUGGCUUGAGUCCCAGAGUUGUCUCCUCUCCUCGAUCCUAGUGCUACAUGCGAUUUUCGUUCUGUUCUUGUGUCUAAAUCACAUCCGCGAAUACUACAACUCAAUGUGCAACUUACACAGUGAACUGUUGCCCCUUUCAACUGCAUUUUCUGUGCUGAAAAUUUCAACCAGGGUUUCGACGGUGUGGGGACUGGUAGCGAUUCAAGAUGGAUACGACUGCGGAGACCAUCGUGUGAUGAUUCCCUCAGGUCCCUCUCUCAAAGCCCACGACCUCAAUUCUUACAUCCCCUAG